AUGCUUUUCCAGACCAUCACCAUCUUCUCCCUGGCGGCUCUCUCUGCUGCUUUGCCCCACACCAAGCGCGCCCUAAAGGCCCGCCAGAGCGGUCCGGUGCUCGCUGACACGACCUACGAUGCCAUCUCCAUCUCCGGCGGCAAGGCCGGAAAUGCUGAGCAAGAAGCCCUGGCUGCAUUCUCCGGGCUCGAUCUAACCGACAUGGCCAACAUCGACCCAGCAGACAUCGCCUUCCUAGGCGCCGUCAACGACGUAGCCAACGACGCCGAGACAGAAGCAUUCAACCCAGCGAUCGAAGCCGCCACAGGAGCAGACGGCGACGCAAUUUCUGCUGGCAAGAUCAAGAACAAGGUCCUCAAACUCAUGGCGACUAAGCUUGAGCUUAUGGCCAAGCAAGCUCAGGGUGAAGAUGUGGCUGCGAAGCUGGCCACGGAGCUCAAGAAGCUCAACAAUAAUAUUUCUAUUGAUAAGGCGAGUGCGGGAAGUGCGAGCACUGCGCUGCCGUUCACUGCUUCGAUUUCUGGCGGGAGUAAGGCGAGCAGCAAGACCAAAAGCAAAGCCGCGGUGGUGAACACGGCAGCAGAUGAGGACGAGGAGGACGCGGAGGACGACGCUGAGGAGGAUGAGGAUGAGGAUUAG